GGUACAAAAUAGGUACACUGGUAGCACUGGGACACGGCUCACUCCCUGAUUUGCAGCCAUGGCGUGGCGUUGAAAAAACCAGGACGACGGGGAACGUCGGGUGUCUCGUCGGAUCGACUCCGGGAGACUAUGGGGGGCGGCUGACGCAAUAGGCGUGCGCGUCGCAGUCGACGGCCGGCGGGCGACGCCAACUGCGUCCACGAUUGGUACAGCAUAUAUACCUCGCCUGCGCCUCUCCCCCAUGGCGUCCGCCGCCAUCCUCGUGGCGACUGCUGCGCCAACCGGCCGUCGUUCGCCACUCCCCUCCUCCGACAGCCCUUCGGGCCCGCGCCCAGAUGGCACACACCGCCGCCGCCACGCUCGGCCUCACCAAGCCCAACGCCAUCGAGCCGCUCCAGCUUGUGCGCUCCUCCUGUUCUUGCAGGUCACUUUCGCGGCCACAGACAUCGAAUCGUCCGAAUGGAAGGGGGAUUUACUCGCCGUCGCGGUCACGGAGAAUGAUCUGUCGAGAGGCCCCGACGCCAGAUUCGAGAACGCCGUCUUGACGAAGCUGGACAGCCAGCUCGGCGGCCUUCUGUCGGAGGCCUCGGCGGAGGAGGAUUUCGCCGGGAAAACCGGACAAGCCGUUGUCCUCCGCCUCCAAGGGCAGGGCUUCAAGCGGCUGGCUCUGAUCGGUCUUGGCCGGAGUGCGCCGUCCACCGCCGCAGCGUGCCGCGCCAUUGGCGAAUCCGUCGCGGCUGCUGCCAAGUCUGCUCAAGCUGGCACCGCUGCUAUUGUUAUUGCCUCUCCCGGAGCGAUUCAGGAAGGGUUUAAGCUCAAUGCCGCCGCAGCAAUUGCUUCUGGAACUGUGCUCGGACUGCAUGUGGACAGCCGAUACAGAUCUGAGCCCAACAAUGUGCAUCUUAAACAUGUAGAUCUUAUUGGGCUGGGAUCUGGUCCUGAGUUGGAACGGAAACUUCAGCAUGCUAAUUAUGUUUCGUCGGGUGUGAUAUUCGGGAAAGAUCUUGUGAAUUCACCUGCAAAUGUCCUUACCCCAGUUGUGCUUGCGGAGGAGGCAUCGAAGAUUGCUUCGACAUACAGUGAUGUAUUCACCGCCACAAUAUUAGAUGCGGAAAGAUGCAAAGAGUUGAAGAUGGGCUCCUAUUUGGGUGUUGCUGCAGCUUCUGCGAAUCCGCCUCGCUUUAUCCACUUGUGCUACAAACCUCCAGGUGGGAAUGUCAAGAGAAAGCUGGCUAUUGUUGGGAAGGGUCUAACUUUUGACAGUGGUGGAUACAACAUUAAGGUUGGAGCAAUUUGCAGUAUUGAACUGAUGAAGUGGGACAUGGGAGGCUCUGCAGCAGUAUUUGGUGCAGCAAAAGCUUUGGGCCAAAUCAAGCCUCCUGGAGUAGAGGUUCACUUUAUUGUUGCUGCCUGUGAGAAUAUGAUUAGCGGUACAGGUAUGAGACCUGGUGACAUUGUUACUGCUUCAAACGGGAUGACAAUUGAGGUAAAUAACACUGAUGCAGAGGGGAGGCUUACACUUGCUGAUGCUUUAGUCUAUGCUUGUAAACAAGGUGUUGACAAGAUUAUUGAUUUGGCAACACUGACUGGCUAUUGCCGUAUUGCACUUGGUCUUAGCAUUGCUGGGAUUUUCACACCAAGUGAUGAACUCGACAAGGAAGUUGCUGCAGCAUCUGAGGUGUCAGGAGAGAAAUUCUGGAGGCUGCCACUGGAAGAAAGCUACUGGGAGUCGAUGAAGUCUAGUGUUGCUGAUAUGGUCAACACCGGUACUCCACAGGGUGGCGCCAUCACUGCUGCACUAUUCCUGAAAAAGUUUGUUGAUGAGAAGGUUCAGUGGAUGCACAUUGACAUUGCUGGGCCGGUAUGGAGCCACAAGAACCGGUCAGCCACUGGAUUCGGCGUCUCCACCAUGGUGGAGUGGGUUCUCAAGAACUCAUCCUGAAUAAACCCUUCCUUGCCUCCCAAAGAUGAAAACCACGCAAGGGGAGGGAUGAGAUUGUCUGGUCUUCUCUUGUAGCAGGGAAGAGGAUUUCACAAGCGGCAAUUUUUACCAUAUGAAGUUGCGCUAUAGAAUAAGUGAUCCAAUGCUAGAAAAUACCGUAUGUCCAUGUUCAUCUCCACCAAUGUAUCAUACGCACACAUUCAGGCUUGUUAGCCAGUGCGGGUUUCCAAUCUUUUAGCUAUUUUCACAAAAUUGCUACCAAGAAAACACAGGCAUGUGAUUUUCUUUUGGCAGGGUCACAAAAGGUUUUGGGCAAUCUAAGAAUCUAUCAUGGAUCUCAUGGAGGGUACCAUUGUGUUGUUUUUGGUGCACAAAUUGUGGAAGAUUGUGAGCAUUUGUAUUCAGUUGUCAUUUCAGCUAAGAGUUUACUUUUGGAAUC